UUUUGCCUCCUCUUCUGAAACUACGGGUUUUAAUUUUGUGUGAUAGUUUUCGAUUGCAGCGAGGGACAUACAGAUAUUGCCAUGCACACACGGGCAUAUGGCCUUCCUGCUUCAGGCCGAGCGGCCGCCGCCGUCCGUAUUGCCUUCACCUCAUCCCGCCGGAGAAACACCCAAUCCACCGCAUCUGAUAGAGUAGUGAGAGAGUUAGGCUGCGGCUGCGAAGAUGGUGUGCAUCCGGCAGGCGACCAUCGACGACCUGCUGGCGAUGCAGGCGUGCAACCUGAUGUGCCUGCCGGAGAACUACCAGAUGAAGUACUACUUCUACCACAUGCUCUCGUGGCCGCAGCUGCUGUUCGUCGCCGAGGACUACGGCGGCCGCAUCGUCGGCUACGUGCUCGCCAAGAUGGAGGAGGACCCCUCGGAGCCCUGCCACGGCCACAUCACCUCCCUCGCCGUCCUCCGCUCCCACCGCAAGCUAGGGCUCGCCACCAAGCUCAUGUCCGCCGCGCAGGCCGCCAUGGACCAGGUCUUCGGCGCCGAGUAUGUCUCCCUUCACGUCCGCCGCUCCAACCGUGCCGCCUUCAACCUCUACACGUCCACCCUCGGCUACCAGAUCCACGACAUCGAGGCCAAGUACUACGCCGACGGGGAGGACGCGUUCGACAUGCGCAAGCUCCUGCGGCAGCCGCAGGCCAAGAAGCACCACCAUCAUCAUCAUCACCACCACGGUCCCGGCGGGUGCUGCUCCCACGACGCUCCUCCUACGGCUGCGUCUGGUUCUUCUCCUCAGUCUUCUAAUUCGCCGGAUAAGAAGCCGAGCGCUUGAGGUCCGAUGCAAGUCUACUAAAGAAGAGCAGCUGAGCCCAUAGCAAUUGCACACAUCUUGUGCUCCUUGGAUGAGGAUUGUAUCUUUCUUUUACAAAGAGAACAGAGAAGCUCUGUAUUGUGAUGAUGUGUUUUAACUGUGUGCCUCGAUGAUUCCAGUUGUUGGAGCGACCCCCUGUAACGUGUGAGAAUGUCAUGCAAAUAUUUUCACUUGACAUUGUUAUUGUGUUUGUAACAUUAAGUCCAGAGUUGGAUGCUUUGUCAGCUGACCUGAAGAUCAUGCCAGUGAACUGUGCAGAUGAAUUUUCAAUUGCACAGAGAUCAGAAUAAUGUUACCGUAUCUCCGUGUUUUCUU